UGAGCAAUCAAAACAUGCUGUUCUAUUCACAGAAAAAAAGACAUUAUCGAUUGGAAGGCAUGGACGGAACCGCGACGAACCACCUUAUUGCAGAGCUUGCCGUUCGACUGUUUAUCCCAGCCCAACCCGCGGCUGUUUGCUGGAGCGAAGUUGUCACUGGUUAAGACUAUAGAGGUCUAAAAUGUUCUCCAACAUCAUGUUCAGCCAGUUGACCUCACACCCCAGAAGAAUAAGUUUGUUUGUUUGCUGCAAUCCCUUUGGAUUCAGGAUGGCCAAAAUUCUACCUCCAGAUUCGAGCAGGCCCACCCUUGCUAGUAAACUCAGUGUUGCAGCUAUGCUACUUGGACAUAUGGCCCAGAUCACUAUGGAGUGGGUGAAGAAAUGGUUGCGCUUCUGGAAGAGUUUUCCUGUGACCCUGAUGAAGGCUGUAUUGAUGGGCAUUGCCAAAGGGGCCUGCAGAGUAGCUUUGGCUACUGCCCCUUUGGAGAGAGGCUUCUUAAGCAUUGAGGAAGACCUUGAAAGAAAUGAAGGCAACAUAGAAGAUGGAGAGAAGCAAAACUUGAAAGGUGGUCAUCUGGAGCAUCUUCUUCUGAACAGCCUUGAUAAUCUGAUUGAAGAUGGACAUCUUGGAGAGGGUCCCAAAUGGAUUCUGAAUGGUUCUAGUGGGGCCAAAAUGGAUAAGGUGGACAUGGAAGAGGAACGCAUCUCUGAGCUAUGUCUGAUAAAUUCUUCCAUCUUCAUUGACUUUGGAAAUGAGUGGGAAGAUUCUUCGGAAGAUGACAUGGAAAUGCAGUAUGUGGUGAGUCCUGGGAGUUUCCCCCAGGAAUGGUUGGAAGACUGUUACUAUCCACAGGUAUCUCCAAAAAGCUUGGAUAUCGGCAGAUGUUUUGGAGAGAAUCUGAAAGAUUGCCACAGCCACCAUGAAGAGUAUAGUGAUCUUGAAGGGGAUUUAUGGCAAACUUUGGAAAGUCCCUCUCUUUCCCGGCAACGCAUGGAGGGCUUGGAAUCUAGUGAGGAUUUUGCCAUGCAUGAAAAGCGAUGCUCUGAAGGUCCAGUUGAUUCGCCAAAGGGUGGGAAACUCCUAGAGGUGUACAGGAAGGACGAGGGUAAGGGCUCUCUGGACUCAGGAAUGUCGACCUAUGAUUUUAAGAGCCCCCUUGUCCUGUCCUUGUUCUUCAGUCCAUCAGAGGAGGAGGACGACGGUGAUGAAGAAGAGGAGGAAGACUGGUGGAAUGAAAAUGAGAUGGAAGAGACCAGCCAGUCAAAAACAUCCUUUGAUGGUGGGGAUUUGGGAAAAGAAGAGAAUUCUUCAGAAAUAGAAAAAGACUUUCUACACCCUGCUGUUUUUGAUAACUUCUGUGAAUCCUCCUUUGAGAAUAGUGAUCCCUUCCACCCACUCUGUUUUUCCAAACCCAUUCAGGCCCCCAGGGUAUCUACCAUUGCCCCACCUGAGCCCAAGAACCACAAGGAAAACACAGUCUCCUUUUAUCUAACAAAGACAGAUUCUCAGCCCAGGGGCGUCUGUACUCCCUCAAAGCAUCCAUGGUCCCAAAAGGACCCAAGAACUAUCUGCACGCAUCCAGCUAACAAAUUCUGCCAGACAGACUCCAAGAAAAACUAUGACCCUAACACCACAGAAAUAUCAUCUGUUUCCCAGGAAGAAAAUGAGGUGGUUAAGAAGGUUCGAUUUUCUCCUGUGGUCACUGUCCACCAAUUGUUGGUCUGGGAUUAUGCCUCCCGGGCCGCCCGCCAGGGUCCCUGGGAGGAAAUGGCCCGCGACCGCUGCCGUUUUCGCCGGAGGAUUGCUGAAGUGCAAGCCGUCCUGGAGCCUUGCCUAGAAAUGGAACACCGGGCUAAAGCUUGGAGGAGGAUUCAUGGGAUUCCAGACUCUCUUGAGGAGGCGGCUAAUGAGCAGACCAUCCCCACUGUUGCUAAGGCAGAGAAGCUGACCAUCUAAAUAGAGUCAUGAACGGAAUUGCCCUUCAAGAUGGCUGUCAAAACCAUCUUCAAGGUAGAGCAUACAAUUAGAGCGUCUGGGCAAAACCAUUGAUGCACGUUCUGGGAUUUGGUAGAUCCUGAAUUCAAAGUUACCAGCGCUACAACUUCCUGAGGAGAAGUGGGAUUGGAGAAUAUUUCUCUACCUUGCCUUGCAAUCUUGCAAGCGUGCGUACAAUGCAACAUCUCUGACCUUUGUCCAAGGAGGAGCCUUUUUAAGCCACUGUCCCCUAGGCUAUAUAAUGUAGCAAAAUGACUGAUUGAUCUGGUCCUAAAAUGCAUCUUCUCUGGAGAGUGGGGAGAGCUAUCCUGUGGGCUAGAGUCACAGGAUGGUGCUAGUGCAAAAGGUCCUGGGCUCUUGUGUUCUGAAAAACAUGCACUGUUGCUAAGCUACAACUACCUCAGUUUAUUUGAAGGACAGAAAGCAUAACCAAUAAUUGGUUAUAAUUUAUGUAUGCAGGGCUGUAAAUGCACUUCACAGGCCUUGUUCAUUGUCACAAUGACUCUGAAGUAGGGCACAGGUAUUUGCAUUUGAAUGGUUACGAGAAUGGAAACAAAUGUAUACUUUUGACAUGCAGGAGAAUUUAUUGCUGGAUUGAGCUUUGAACCAAGUUCUCAGUUGCCCUAAACAUGGUGCUGUUACUGAGAAUACCCACUUAAUUACUGAUAAUAUGCAAUUAAGUCCCAACAAUUGGGUAACACUUACUUUAUUACUGAGAAUACCCAGUUAAGGCCCAAUUUAACAUCAGGUUAAAAUUCCUUACCUGGGUGACAUUCCAUGUGGCUGUCUUUGCAUUUAAAUUGGACCAUUAGCUGUAGCAUUAGCAUGCCAAAAGAUCUGUAAUCCUGGUGGAUGCUAAUAUAUGGUAGUAAUGCAGGGGCUGAGUGAGAGAGAGAGAGACAGUACUACCAACUUGAUUCAAACAGGACACAUUGUGCAAUGGGAGCUCCGUAUGGGUUUCCUUCUCAAUGCCAUUCUCAGGGUCACUUUUUAACCAGGCCUUUGGCCUGGGGAGUUGGGGUAAGUUGUUAUGAAGGUUCCCACUUUCAACCUAAUACCUAUGUGUUUAAAUUAUUAGUGUAAUGUGAACUCCUCCCUGGCAGAGGACUCUUUAUUAUUCACUCUGUAUGUAUCAUAACUGCCUGAUCAUCAUUAUUUAUUCUGUUGUAAUCGUUGCAGCUGCAGUAGUAAUAAAUUUUUUUAAUCUUC